CCAGCCCAUAUUGACCCGGAAAAUUUGUCUGAAGAAGUAGGGUUUUGCGUAAGUCGUCUUUCCCACAUAUAACGAACACUAUCGCAUUGGGGCAGCUCUUGUGGCGGAGAAAACAAGUGAAGCACGACUCCGAAGCAGCGAACAUGGUGAAGUACUCAAAAGAGCCAAUCAAUCCCACCAAAUCCUGCAAGGCCAGAGGCUCUGAUCUGAGAGUUCAUUUCAAGAACACAAGAGAGACAGCGCACGCCAUUAGGAAGCUGCCUUUGACCAAGGCUAAGAGGUAUUUGGAGGAUGUUCUGGUCCACAAGCAGGCCAUUCCCUUCACACGCUUCUGUCGUGGUGUUGGCCGGACUGCUCAGGCAAAGAACAGGCAUUCUAAUGGACAAGGACGUUGGCCUGUCAAAUCUGCCGGAUUUAUACUGGAUUUAUUAAAGAAUGCUGAGAGUAAUGCUGAGGUCAAAGGUUUGGAUGUAGAUUCUCUUUACAUAUCACACAUUCAGGUGAACCAGGCACAGAAGCAGAGGCGCCGCACAUACCGUGCUCAUGGAAGAAUAAACCCAUAUAUGUCAUCUCCCUGCCAUAUUGAAUUGAUUCUGUCCGAGAAGGAAGAGCCUGUAAAAAAGGAGCCCGAGUCUCAGCUGACGACCGGUAAAUCCAGGAAGUCUCAAGCUCUACGCAGCAGUGCCUCCUCUUAAAUGACAUUCAUAGAGCCGACAAUUUAAGAAGUUUUGAUUUGUCCGACACUUAAGAGGGUUUUGUUGAAUUGUAUUGUUGCUAUCCAAUGCUAUUUAGUUGAAUGAUUGAGUUAUUAUUUGAAGUUCUUGACUAGUGUAUGUUGAAUGUAUGGUGAUAAUGAAUUUUUACUGAUGCUUAAGACGAGAUUAUCAUCUUUUAAUCAUUGUUUUUUCUCAUUUUUUGUGAUAUUUGAGACUGAUGGUUCGAUGUGUGCAUUAAAAGCAUGUUAUAUUUAGGCCAUCUAUUGUGGUUUGUUA